UCUAUGAAAUGCCCUAAAACGGUGUCUGUUGACGCCGUUUAGGCGUUCUUCCUUCACUGCGAUGAAGCGGAGGCUAAACUCAUGCUUUCAGGUUCGCCUAGCCUUUACGAUUCAGUCCGGCCCAGUCAAAUAGCCGAGCGAGAGACCCUCGGCCUCGUGUCAUGUAUCAAAGAAACGACAUCGUUUUACUUGUUCGUCGAAUCCAAUUCUUGAACUCAACUUCAGCAACUACAAGAAGAUAAAGUAGAAAACCAGCAUUAAACAACUGAAGCGAGACUCAAAUAAAGAGAAAGAAAACAUCCCUAAGUGGAUGUUCAACUCUCCCAACUCCCAAGCAUGGCAGAUAGUGAACCUGUGAAGUAUGGAAUCAUAGGAGUAGGAAUGAUGGGAAGAGAACAUCUCAUUAAUCUCCAUCAUCUUAGAAGCCAAGGUGUUGCUGUUGUUUGCGUAGCUGAUCCUCACAUCCCCUCUCAACAACUUGCCCUGGAACUGGCUCAAUCCUUUGAUUGGCCACUUAAGGUUUUCUCAGGGCAUCAGGAGCUAUUGGACAGUGGGAUAUGCGAUGUGGUGGUUGUGUCAAGUCCUAAUAUGACUCACUACCAGAUUCUGUUGGAUAUUUUGAACCAUCCUAAACCCCAUCAUGUGCUAGUUGAGAAGCCAUUGUGUACUACGGUCGCUGACUGCAGAAAGGUUGUAAAUGCUGCUAGAAAAAGGCCUGAUAUGCUGGUACAAGUUGGAUUGGAGUAUAGAUAUAUGCCCCCAGUUGCUAAAUUGAUAGAAAUAGUCAAGAGUGGAACUCUUGGGCUGGUCAAGAUGGUGGCAAUUCGGGAACAUCGAUUCCCCUUUCUGGUUAAGGUUAACGACUGGAACCGGUUCAAUGCUAACACUGGAGGGACCCUCGUAGAGAAGUGCUGCCACUUCUUUGAUUUGAUGAGGCUGUUUGCAGGUGCAAACCCUGUUCGUGUGAUGGCUUCUGGUGCCAUGGAUGUUAAUCACAAAGAUGAAAUAUAUGAUGGAAAGGUACCUGACAUUAUUGACAAUGCAUAUGUUAUUAUUGAAUUUGACAAUGGUGCUCGAGGGAUGCUUGACCUCUGCAUGUUUGCCGAAGGGAGUAAAAAUGAGCAAGAAAUAUCUGUUGUCGGUCACACUGGCAAGGGAGAAGCCUUUGUUCCUGAAAGUAUAGUGCGUUUCGGCUCUAGACUGGAUGGUAGAGAUGGGGUCCAGUCACUGAUAGCUGAAGAUGAACGAAUAAAGUAUGAAGGACUGCAUCAUGGUUCUAGCUAUUUGGAGCACCUUAAUUUCUUGUCUGCAAUUAGAGAAACAGGUGCAAAGACUCCAGCUGUGGAUUUACAAGAUGGGUUGAUCUCAGUUGCCAUGGGAGUUGCAGCACAACUUUCCAUCGAGAAAGGCCGGUUUGUUAGCAUUGAAGAAGUCUUAGAUGAAGAAUGAACGCAAAUUUUUCCUUUAAAUCCAGCUUAAAUCACCAUGCUCAAUGUAGCCAAAAUCACAAUUAUUGUUAUUGUUAUUUUCUACUUUGUUUUAUGACAUUUACAAACAAAAUGCUUUAUGGUAUAACCCAAAGCCUUCUUUUUAUUGUUAAAUAAAUCAGUUUUCCUGCCAGUUUGGGGUGCGCAUGUUUGCACACCAUGCUCAAUGUAGCCAGGGCGUCGAUC